AUGGGCGUAUGCUAGAUCUACAAAUCUACAACCAACACAAGCUUUACAGUAAAAGCUUUGUGAUUGAUUUUGCAUUGCAAGAAAUGGCUUCUACAGCAAGGCUGUACAUACUGAAGAGUCUACUUUAUAUUGUUGCCGUAAUUCUGCUUCUGGACUCAGGGAAUGCUCAAACAUGCAGCUCAGUAGAGCAGCCAGUGGUGAGCAGCCUAGACCCGCCCUCUGGUACAACAGGAACUGAUGAGUCUCUGAGCACAUUGUACACCAUCACAGGAGAGAGACUGGACCAGGUUGUUGAUAUUAUCGUGGAGCUGGAUUUGUCUCUUGAAAGAAUACAACUGGCUAGCAUGAUGAUUAUUGAUGAAAGAACAGUAACCUUCAGGCUAUCUGUUAAUCCCCCCUUACCAUCUCGCUCUGGAGGCAAUCCUGCAAGAGUAAGGAUAAUUCCAGCAAACUCAUCUUGUUCUACUGUGGAACUGACCAUUUCUCUACAUGACACGAUUGUUCUUAGCCUUGCAGUCGUACUCCAAGCUCAGCCAGGUACAACUAUUGCCACAGCACGGGGCACAUGCUUACCAAGCUCAUGUGGCGACAACAACACUAUGUACGAAGUUAUUGUUGGUGGCGUUUCAUUGGAGCUCCUUGAGACAACGAGAAUAUCUUUUGUUGCUCGAUUUCCUGAGUUUAUUACCACAAAUGAUGCUGCUGAUGUUGUAAUUUCAACACAAUAUCAAAUGUUCACUUUGGCGGUCUCAACGCGGUUCGCUCUUUUCGUACAAACUAGCAAUGCUGUUGUAACACCUUCCCGUGGACAAAGGGGCACUAGAAUUGUAAUCACUGGAUCUAAUUUACUUGGACGGGGAACUUUUAUCUCUCUCUCUCAAGUGACUAUCGGUGGAAUGACUGCUGAAAUCGUAAGCUCGAGUGACAAUAUGAUUGAACUUAGUGCAAACAGUGGAUCGCCAGGAAUAGUUUCUAUUAGCAUCAACACAACACAAAAUAUAAAUAGUAUCGACUACGACGGACCGUAUACUUUUCUGGAAAACAUUUGGACACACCUUGACGAUGGAUUCAUCUCUCAUAUUAUUCCUCCAGCUGUUCAAGAAGGAGGUAACGUCACUCUAUGUGGCAGUCGACUACUUGGAGGUGGGCUAACAAUCUCAGAAGUAUCUCUCGCUGGAAUUUCCAGCUCUGUUGUCUCGGCAACACCCUUUGCAUUUUCUGGUUUACCAGGCAAUGAAUGCAUUACUGUAGAAGUCCCAUCUUCAACUGGUAUUUCCACAACUGGUGUCGUCGAUGUGGUCGCAGAUACAGGAGCACUUGUGCAAUCUACAACAAAUUUCACGUUUGCCGAAAUUCAAGAAGUGAUUCCGUCGAGAGGUCAGCCAGGAACAAUUGUGACUAUUAGAGGAACAGCUCUUUUGUCUGGUUAUGUCAUGCCAACAACUACUGUUAUGCUCAAUGGUGUUAUGGCCACUAUUAUGAGUUUAUCCGAUUCGGAAAUCAUUGUACGAGCUGCCGAGCCAGUAAAUGACACGAUAAAUGGUCUGCAAGGGGCAGUUAUAAUCUCUGUUGAAGACCUUUUCGAUGAUAGGCAUUCUGUUUCCUCGACCAUUCAAACAUGGACCUAUGAGCCUCCUGGUCAGAUAGCCAACGUCUCUCCGACAUUUGGGCAGUUUGGCACUCUCUUAACAAUCACAGGGAGUAAUCUAUUCGGCUAUGGAGCUUCCAUCGAUCGUGCAACUGUCGGUGGAUUGGAUGCGACAUUAGUUGAAUCGACUGACACACUAGUUACAUUGAGAGCUUCUGAUGGCAUUCCGAGUAUAGCAGAUAUUGUUUUAUUCUCUGAUAAUGGAGCUGAAGUGAGAGGAGUUGAUGUAUUUGAGUUCCGUGUUCGAGGUUCAAUCAGUCAAAUAUUGCCAAAUGAGGGACAAAGUGGAACAUUUGUUUCUAUCAGUGGCAUGAACUUAUUCGGCUAUGGAAACAAUAUCACAAGUGUCAUGUUUGGAAAUACUCCAGCAAUCAUAGACCAUGCUCAAUCGCUCAACACUUCUAUCAGAGUACGUAUCCAGACCAAUACAGACAUUGUCCAAAACACUCCUGUAGUAGUAACAAUUACUUCCGACACCUCGUCAAUUGUGGAAUCUGCUCCAAUAUGGACAUACCUAGUACAAGGCAUGGUGAAUGAUAUACAGCCUCCGACAGGCCAAGACGGCACUAGAGUGACUCUUACUGGCACUAACCUACUAGGUGGUGGGGGUGCUGCAAUCCAAGUUUUAGUGGAUGGUGUGGAAACUAUAAUUUCAAGUUCAUCUGAUACGAGGAUUGAUGUUAUCAUGGGCAGUAUUGAUACUCGUACAAUUACUGCCACUCCCAGCCAAGCAUUCAUAAUGGCGGAUACUGGAGCCAUUGUUCUAGGAGGUAACUAUACUCAUCGAAGUUCUGGAAUCAUCGACAGCUUUUCCCCUACAACUGGUCGAGAGGGAACUAUGGUAAUUGUUCUUGGACAAAACUUGCUUGGAUAUGGAGAUUCCAUUACCUUGAUUACGGUUGCUGGAAUUAUUGCAACAAUCAACUCGUUCGAUAAUUCCCAAAUUAUAAUUGUGGUUGGACCAGGACUAGAUCUAGAUGAAGGACCAAUUCAGUUGACAAUCAAUACAGGAGCUACGAUCACCUCUACAACGAACUUUACAUACGAACAGUCAGGAUCUAUUUCUGAUAUUAGCCCUGAUGAGGGGGCUGAGGGGAUUGGAGUUCUAAUUCGAGGAUCAGCCUUAUUUCCAAGCAAUGCCCAGUUAACUAGUGUUACAAUAGGUGGAAAUUCAGUUUCUCGAAUUGUAACUUCAACAGUAACAGAGAUAUCAGUGAUUGUGGGUACUGCUCCAACUGUUAAUCCAAUGCUAGCUGAAAUCGAGAUAACUGCAAGUGAUGGAUCUUUUGUUAGUGGUAUGUUUUUCAGAUUUGUGGAGCUAUCUAUUUCUCUCCCCGGUGUAACGUCAGGAAGAGAAGGAACUCAAAUAGAUAUCAUUGUACCAGCAUCUCCUCAAUUCGACGUAGCAGUAGGAUUGACGGCAACAAUCGAUGAUGAAUAUGCUGAAAUAGUUAGUUUAAUAACCGGCAACAGAAUUACUGUACGAGUACCGAGGGCAAAGAGAGCCGGUAUGUUUAUGGCUGAUGUGGCAAUUGAGAAUCCCCAGAGACUUGUGGCUAGAUUGCCUAAUAGCUUUACGUACCUUCCUGAAGGAGCAAUUUACAGCAUCACACCAACUGUCGGGCAAAAAGGCACAAGAGUUGUAAUGGAAGGAGAACAUUUGCUUGGGGGAGGAACUACCAUAGACUCUGCAAUGCUAGCUGGAGUUUCCGCAAAUGUCGUGUUAAGUAGUGACGAAAGUGUGACGGUCGAAAUUGUAGACAAUCCAGCAACAUCCACAUUGUUUCCAUCUACAGGAGACAUUCUUUUGACAGGUAAUACUGGAGCGAUUGCACGUCGACUAAAUGGCUUCGCACUUGUACGACCAGGAGUUAUACUAUCAGUGAGUCCUGCCUCCGGGCAAGUUGGUACCUUAGUAGCAAUCACGGGAACUGACCUCUUACAAGGAAGUGAAGAAGUACAGCAAGUAACAAUAGCAGGUGUGCAAGCUGACUUGGAAGGAACUGCAAGUAAUUCUCUGAUCACUGUAGCGGCUGCUUCAUCAAACUUACAGUCAGGCCCUGUUGAAAUCACCCUCGUUACUGGUGCUGUCAUCACUUCGACUAUGCAAUUCGAAUAUUUGCAGGAAGGGCAAAUCGAUAGGCUAGAACCAAACUCUGGAACAACAGGAACCCGUGUGACGAUCAGAGGAACCAAUCUGUUGGGAGGAGGUAUGAAUGUAGAACGAGUGCUUCUUGCUGGAGUGGAAGCAAUUGUUCAAUCAUUUACUGGCGAGACCGUUACUGUCAUAGCUCAAGCUGGCGGACCUGAUACAAUUGGUGAUGUUGAGAUUAUUAUCAAUACUGGAGCACGAAUCAUUGAAUUGUUUUUCUGGACAUACAGGGAGCUUGGUAGUAUUUCAAACAUAGAACCCUCUGUUGGUCAAAGAGGUAUUGAUGUUACUUUACGAGGAAUGCGCUUACUGGGAUCUUCCGGAAGAAUAGUUGAGCAGUGCAUACUAGCUGGAAUUCCUGCAGACGUAAUAAUGUCCACAAGAAACACUGUCGUAUGCAGAGCAGGUUUCUUUCCUGAUCUUGUGAGCAUGCCUGCUAAUGGUACAGGACCGGCAGAAAUUAUUACCAAUCUAGGAGUGGUUGUCACGAGUGAUAAUAACACAACAUUUACAUACUAUAUUGCAGAAAUAGACACAGUAACCCCAUCGACUGGAAAUAACGGCACAAUAGUGCAGAUAUCUGGAAUUAAUUUGCUUGGCUUCCCAGGUGACGGCUCCACCAUUGCCUCGGUAAUGUUUGGAAACAUUCCAGCAACAGUGGUCACCAGUACUAACAAUGACAUCACUGUUCGUGUCGGAAUCUCCCCAAUUGCUACACAAAAUGACUUCGUAAGAGUGACAUCAUCCGUUGGCUCCUUCUUGGAGCUUGAGAAUGCUUGGAACUACUCUCCACCUGGUCAGAUGGACUCUAUCACUCCAAGCACAGCUUUCUCAGGAGACACUAUUUCAAUCAUAGGAAUGAACCUAUUUCCUCUUUUGGCCAAUGACGUUGGUGUGAUGGUGAUUGUUGGUCGGACUAGAUCUUCACAAGCGAGAAUUAUAAACUCUUCGUAUAUUGAAUUUGUUGCAGGAGUUUAUCAGUCGACGGACAAUGCUGGAGAGCAGUUGCCUGUGCAGAUAGUUUACAAUACAGGCGAAAUCGUGUACAAUCCCCAGAUUACGUUUACAUACAACGCAACUCCUGGAAUAGUGGAGUCAGUAUUUCCUAUCGCUGGAUCCGAAAACACAGUGGUUACAAUAUCUGGGAGAAAUCUCAUUGGAGAUCUUAAUAUUACACAAGUAUACCUUGCUGGAAUUCCAGUUAAUCGUAUACUGGACAAUGCUACAAAUGACGAGAUUGUUGUCGUCGCUGGAGCAGGACCUGCUGACGGCCAAUUUGGAACGAUUGUAAUAGAAACCAAUGAUGGGCGGCAAUUCGGGCUAGCUGGCAAUGCUUGGAGAUAUUACCCCAUAGUGAGCAGUGGUGCUGUGUUACCAUCGUCUGGGCAAAACGGAACUGUUGUGACUAUCAAUCUCCCAGGAGAUGCUCCAUAUCCAAUAGUAGAGAAUGUUACGUUUUCUGGCUAUCCAGUCAUUGAUUUCUCCUUCGCACUUGGUACACUCACAGUAACCGUACAGACUGAUGCGACAAAUCCUAGUAGUCCUGUAACAGGAAAUGUUGUAAUUAAUUUCUUGGACUCAACACAGUUGAUAAUUGUCAAUGCAUGGACGUAUGUUGAUCCUGUGCAAAUUUCUUCCAUCUCACCCGGAAACAUGCAAGGCUACUUCAACUCGGUAGUCACCAUCAACGGAGAAAACUUUCAAGCAGGAAGAGGCUUAACUGUGACAAACGUAUAUCUGGCAAGUAUAGAAACGACAAUCAUAUCUCAAACAGAUACUGAAUUGCAGGUUCAGAUCACCGAGCAACGGAAUUCAACGUCACAGGCUCUCGUUGGCCCUAUUGUAAUUGUAUCUCAAGAUAGUGCCACAUACACCUCUGAGUUACCGUUUAGCUUCACAUACGUGCAGGUUCGAGUAUACUCUGUUGGACCACAGCAAGGGCAAAGAGGAACCAGAGUGUCUAUAAAUGGCACAGGCCUUCUUCUUGGAGGGUCCUCCGUAGACUCUAUUCUAUUUGGAAAUGUAUCAGCCACGAUAAUUACUGCAACUGAUUUUGAGAUAGUCGCAUCGGCAGGUGAUUCACUAAUGCAAACAAAUGUUAGUGACAUUAGCUACAGGGUAGACACACGGGCAGAUUAUACUAUUCCUGACAGCUGGAGGUAUAUUGUUCCUGGCGAAAUCACUUCUGUAAGUCCGGAUGAAGGAGGAAUGGGUACUAUAGUAACGAUCUCAGGAACAAAUCUUUUUGGUGGUGGAGACAGAGCUGAGACAGUCCUUCUAAACAAUGUUCCUGUACAGAGUAUUGUGACCAACUUUGACAAUUUGAUACAAGUAGUUGCUGGCCAAACUGCAACAGCACUAUCCCCCGGCAAUGUUCAAGUGAUCUCUAAUACUGGUGCUGUAACUGAAUCGUCUUCAAAUGUUGCCUACACCUAUCUUACACCUGGGAGAGUAAUGAACGCCAUGCCACAAAUAGGCCAAAAUGGAACAAGAGUGACCAUUGACGGAUCGUUCUUUCACAAUGGAGAAGGAAUUAGUCGAAUACUUCUAGCUGGUGUAGAGGCCACUAUUGAAAUGAGAAUUGUGGACUCUUUGAGUUCUGGUUUCCCGAGCACCUUUUUAGUGAGAGCCGGUCGCCCAUCUGCUCCACACUCCUUCAGUGGACCAGUGACAAUGAUUUCCCAUUUCAACACCAUGUCUGUCAGUGACUUCAACUUCACUUACAUUUCAGAAGGAGCUAUAUUCAGUGUAACUCCUGAUCAAGGACAAACUGGAACUCAAGUGACCAUCAGGGGUGAAAACUUGCUUGGUGGAGGAAGUAGUAUUCAAGCUGUCUUUCUGGCAGGAAUCCAAGCUGCUUUUACUCAAGUGCCUACUGAUGAUGCGGUACAAGUGUCUGCCAAUAUGUCUGCCAAUCCAAUACCACGAGCUCAGCUUGGAGACGUUGUGCUGAUAUCCGAUACUGGAGCCUAUGUGAGGAGGGUGGACGGUUGGAGUUACGUGGAAGAAGGAACAGUGACAGACAUUCAGCCACGCCAGGGACAAUGGGGGACUAUGGUCACUAUCACUGGGCAAAGAUUGCUAUCGGGUGGAAAUAGUGUGAGCGGUGCUUUAAUGGAUGAUGUAAUGUUGAGUGUUAUCAGCAGCACUUCCACAAGUAUUAUUGCUCGAGUCGGACAGCCUGAUUCUCCAGUUUCAUUCUAUACAUCCGAUAUUACUUUGAUCUCAAACUUUGGAGGCAUUCUUUUUCAAGAUAUCGAAUGGUUGUUCCUUAAUCAGAGCUCGAUCGAUGCAGUUGUACCACCAAGCGGUUUUGGAAACACGCAAGUAGAGGUUAUUGGUACAAAUUUGCUCGGUGGCGGUACACGAAUUUCAUCAGCUAGUCUCGUGUCCAUCCCUGCUGAAAAUAUUCUAUCAAAUGACACAGCUGUACAAUUCAAUGCCGGUUUCAAUGCCAAUGGGCAACAAAUGACUGGCGAUGUUCGACUAGAAUCCGAUACUGGUGCAAUCACAGUUGUAGUUAAUGGCUGGGAAUAUAGAAAUGAAUGCCCUCAAGGACAAUUUGGAAACUCUAUCAACUGUCAACCAUGUGAUCCGGAGUGCUUAACGUGUGAUGGACCCAAUUCGACCGAUUGUUUCACUUGUCAAAACUUUGCACUUGAACUAGGAAACUCUACCGAUAAUGUACAAUGUGUGCCUUCCUGUGCGAAUGUGUCAACAUUGGGUGAGCUAAGGUUCUGCAGAGAUGCAUGUGAAUUAGACGAGUAUCAGCGAGUUGGUGUAGAAAAUGGCACUGCUGGUAUAUUCUGCUAUCAAUGUAAUACUCAGUGUGACCGCAAUUUGAGCUGCUCUGGACCAAGUGCAACAGAAUGUGGCGGCUGUGCUAAUGUAUUCAACUCGCAAAACCAGACAUGUAUCGAUGAAUGUCCAAUUGGAACAUACAAAGAUGAACUCCGAAGAUGCGUACCAUGUGAUAGUCAGUGCGCUAUAGAAAACGGAUGUGUUGGGCCAAACUCAACCGAUUGCAGAAAUUGCUCAAAUGUGUUUGUUUCAAUCACCUUGAUGGAUGGUAUAUCUCAAGAUUCUUGCUUAGAGAACUGCCCAAGACUAUAUUUGCUUCAGGGUGAAAGUAACUUGUGUGCCCCCUGUAAUAACCAAUGCUUGGAAGGAUGCAGUGGAUUGUCUCCAUUCGAUUGUGUAAACUGUACGGGUGCGUCUUUUGUUUUCCCAAACGGAAGGAAGAAGUGUGUGGCUACAUGUAACCCAGACCCCACAAGACUGACAUUCUAUGAGGAUUCAGUGAGGGUUUGUCAGCCUUGCAGUAGCACUUGCUCACUCACUGGGGGAUGUGAUGGUCCCACAGCAUUUGAUUGCAAAGGUUGCAGGCUUAUUCCCGGAAGUAACAACUCAAUACCACUGCUGAAUGGAGAAUGUUUGAACGCCUGUCCUAAUGUUAAUAAUAGUUACACAUUCUAUGCUGAUGAUAAUACAAACGAGUGUGAGAUUUGUCACAGCACUUGUGAGAUUGGUUGUACAGGUCCCUUGUCAAUAGAUUGCAUACCGUCGAGAAGUGCAUUGGCAGCUGAAGGAGGUGCUAUUGCCCUAUUCAUAAUUGUUCUUGUCAUUGUACUGAUUGUUCUUGUAGUCCUGGUAGUAUACAUAGUGCACCAAAGGAAACGUGGAUAUUCUUACAAGGUAGACGAGGGUGGUGACGAUACUAUUGAGCUAGGAUAUCGUGACACAAGGAUCACUUCUUUAGAAGAUGGAGAAGGAGCCAUCGCUAACAGAGGGGCAGAAGUCAUUCCUGCUGCUGAAGCAAUGAAUGAGGCUAAUUCGAACAGCCUUAAGAAGAGUGAUCGAAAUUCGGGCCUGCUCUACAAUGAUAUGCAGUCAGAACCACGUUAUUCUGUGCCUACACCAAAAAGUGAAAGAAAAACAGCAAAAUCUGAGGAACCUCCUCCAUUACCUGUAACGUACAAGCCAGCUACAAAGGACUCAAAACCUCCUCCCCCCAUACCACCAUCUCCCUCAGCACAUCUGGAAGAUGAUGAUGUGUACGAAGGCAUGGAUGCCAAUGUGCAAGAAGUGCUUAUGAAUCCUGGAGCUGUGGCUGAUGAAGAAUAUUCUAUAAUGGCCCCAGCACCCAUCGAACACAACAAUACACACAUUGAUGAGAUCUACGAUGAUGCUGAAUCCAUGCCAACAAGUAGUAGCAGUGGCCCAGCCCCCCUCCCUCCAAAACCAGAUGACAAAACCCCCCUUUUGGAUGAAGAUUUAUAUGAGGAUACUGAAACAGCUGUUGCACAGGCCGUCGAAUACAAGAGAAUAUCAAGAGAUGAACCUAUCCGAGACAGCAAAAGGUUCUCAGGUGUAUUUGACAAGCCUCCAGAGCUUCCAUCCAGACCAGUACCAAAGAAGAGAUCAGCAACACCUCUGCCUGAGACCCCCUUACAAAAAUCCCUCUCGAGCGCAUCCUUUUCUCCGACUAGUCCCGUUCACCAGCCGCCAGCUGUUGCAGAUGAUGACAUUUAUAUAGAACCAAUGGGAGGACCCAUUGAGGAAUCUCUAUAUGAGGAGCUGCCUACAGCUGGCGAGUUUUCCCCUGCCAUUGAAUCUGAGUACAACGAGAUUCCGCUGCCACCGAGGCCAAAAAAAUAAAAGUAUUGAACCAGUAAAUAGAAACACGCAUACAUUAUAUACCUAGUUGUGUUUUGUCAUGGAUAUAGUUAUUGUUGUCGCUGCUUGUAUAAUUAUGUAAUUAUUAUGUUUCAGUUAAAAAAGUGCCAUAAAAAUUAUUAUUAAAUAGA